AAGGAGGAGGGGCUCUGGUUUAUUUACCUAUCUCGAAUUGAAGGAUACAUUGGGACUGGUGUGGUGUCCGACCAUAAUGCAGAGGCAUUAAAAGCCAAGAGCUUAUGUUAUGGUCAUCAAGGACAAAUUGAUUGCUCCUUCACUUGCGGAGACCCCAAGGGAAUAAUACUACUAUCUCGUACCCCUUUUGACCAUAGUCUAAUUGACUCCCUCGAGCUCGACCCUCCUUCCUCGCCAAUUCAAAGCCAAAAAAAAUCUCAUACCACCAUGCUGGAUUCCCUCAAGAUGUACUUGAAGAAUUCUGCUUUGAUCAAGUCAGUAAAAUUCAGUUUCUUGAACAAGUUCAGAAGCUGGAAAAGGAGGAGAUCGAAGGAACUUGGUGCCGAUUUGAGCUGGUUAACUGCUUCUUUUGCUGCCAUGGAAGUAUCCAACCAAUUGAAACAUGUUUUCAAAAUCAUUGACAAGAACGGAGAUGGCAAAAUAUCCCCUCUUGAGCUCAGUGAAGUUCUGCUGAGCCUCGGUCAUGAAAAAUCUUUGGCCACCACAGAAGCUGAAGGCAUGGUAAGAGAAAUGGACUGUGAUGGAGAUGGAUUCGUCGACUUGGACGAAUUCAUGAACGUGAUGGGCGCUGACGAAAGUGAACGAGUUGCUUCUUUUCUUGACAGAGAAGAUGAUCUUGCUGAAGCUUUUCAGAUAUUUGAUGCCGACAAGAACGGAUUUAUAUCAGCUAAGGAGUUGCAGAGGGUUCUGAUCAGCCUUGGAUGCCAAAACUGCAGUCUUAGAGAGUGCCGAAGAAUGAUAAAAGGGGUUGAUAGAGAUGGAGAUGGAAGUGUAAACUUCCAAGAAUUCAAGUCCAUGAUGAGUGCAGGAUGUAGCAGAAAUUAGUUCUAGUUAAUUACUGCGCAGCAGCGUAAGUUGCCUGUGAUACUCUGUACUUGUUUUUGAGAUCACAACUUGGAUUUAAGUUGCAUUAUCAUAGUCAUUCUUUAAAAAGGAUUAGCUAGGAAGAGUUGAGAGGUUAUCAAGAUGAUGAUCAGCAGCAUGUCAGUCUAACUAUUAAUUAGGAAGAUUAAUUUGGGAUUAGCAUGUUUGAGUGCGUAAGAGAAUUUCUGUUUGCAUUAAUU